GACUGUAUUGACCUACUGAAGAAGAAGAAAUAGUAGAGGGUUUCCCAAAACAGUUAUGGCGGAUGAUGUUGUUCAAUUUCCAUCAAAUUUAUUUUUAAAAUUAAAUCAGGAUCAGAAAUAAAUAUUAUGAAAGCAGGAAAAUUAUGAAAAGAAAAAAAAGUUUUUCAGUAGAUGUAGGAAUGAAGGCAACAAAGAUAGGAAUACACACUGUGGACAUCAACAAACCCAGCACAAGUGAAAAGAUCUUUGAUACCUCCAUCGAAACACCUCGCUUAAAGAAAAAAAUCAGUAAUCAAACAUUGGAGGAGAAUCUACAGGCUGGUGUAUGCACAUUCUAUGCAGAGAACUCCAGUUUUUCUGAUCAGGCCGUUCAAUGUGAGAUGAACAGUGAUUCAAACUUUCAAAAUUCUUCUACAAUGAGUGUAGCGCCAAUGAUUCAAGAAGAAAUUGCCAUUGAUACAGAGCCUAGUGUUGCAAGUGGAGCUAUGGGAUUUGUGAAUAGUGAAAAUCAAUUGUUUCAUCUGUUUGAAUCAGCAACACCUGAAUUGAUAGUUGACACGACGGAUAGUGACAGUGACAUUGAUAUUGUCAGUUUAAGAACAAAUGGUCAGCCUCCUGAAAAUGUAACUGCUCUUGUUCCAAAUCAUGAUCAUACCUAUAUAGAUAUAUGGAAUUCUAAUAAUAAUGUAGAAAUGGUUACAGAUGUUAGUAAUGAACCCUCCUCAAGUCAAAAUAAUGAAAGAUUCCAAGCCAAAAAUUGUAAUAAAGGAAAAGAAAAUGAUUGGCCUGUAGCUCCUGAUUUACAAUUAGAUUGCCUUUUUACAGAUGAAGAUGAUGAUAGCAGCGUGGAAGUUGUUGGAGUUGAGCCACCAAGACUUCUUGGAGGUUCCACUCCCUGCUCCCUAACAUCUACCAAUUCUAGACCUGUUUCAAAAGCUGUGAGAGGUAGGACCAAUCGCACUGUUUCCCAAAGUAAUACUUCUAAUGCAGCUCGUGCUACGCGGAAUCUGGGUAUCAAAUUAGAACGACCUAUUGUGGUUGAUUUGACACAGUCUGAUGAUGAUACUCAAUCAACUUCUGCUGCUGUUAGCAGAUCAACAGCUCCCACAAUAAACAGUACUGUGGGUUGUAAUGUUGUGUCUGAACGUAAUCCAAGUCCUCCAUCCUAUUGGGAUACCUUUCCAGAUAAUAGACAUCCCCCUGUUUAUCCUGUUGUUCAGUUUUCCAGUUGCCGCUAUCAUUCAACUAAUCAGCCAUCGAUUCCUUUCCACGAAACUCCCGAUACGGGACUCAGAACUCUUGGUUCGGCUCCUGUUCCUAAUCCCUGCCUUGCAUUUGGUUGCCUACCUACACGAACUCGAUGCCUGCAUCCGCACCAUAAUCUUUAUCCAACUCCUUCAAGUCCACAAUUCAGUUAUGUGCCUACUGGUGUGCAUAAUCCUGUUCAUCAUCAUCCUGCUCUAAAUAACCAGCCAACAUUCGACCAGAUUUACCAUUCUGUCACUGUCUCAACUCCUUCCAACCACCAUGAUCCAUCAACUAUGCAUCCCCACCCUCCUCCUAGCUUGGUGAGGAUGAAUCCUACUCAUUCAAGAAUCUGGCAGUCUCAGCAACGUAUGCAAGAAGUUAAUAGAAGACGAUUCCAUCAACAUAGUGUGCUUAUGCAAAUUAACACUGUUGCUUCCAGAAUGCAGGAACAGACUAUGCAGCUAAUGGAAAGCCAAGCUCACCCAACACCAACACAAACCUAUUUCCUUUGUCCAGAUACAGCUCAAAGUAUCAACGCCACUGCCGCUGCUGCGCCUGUGACAACAAGCCAACCCCACCUUAUGCACACUUCCUUACUGGUACCUCCGGCCAAUCCGGGCAGCAACCCUCCUGGCCCUUCGACGGCUAUUCUACCACCGCCACCAACUUUGCCUACCUCAGUGCCCAGCCAGACGGUUCCUUGUACGGCAGAAGCCGAUGCCAUUGCCAUGCAAGCAGAAGCUCUGGUUACAGGAUCAAAUGCUGAAGGAGGACAUAUUCACCAUCAUCAUAUUCAUCAACAUCACUAUCAUCAUCCGCCUCCUCCAAGAUUGCAUCAUUUUAGUGUGCCAUCUGUAAUUGGUCUUCCAACAGGAAUGCCUAUGAGUAUUAGGCCUCCUGAUAUUUUUGCCUUGCCUCAAAUGACUGAGCUUCCUCCUACACCUGCAAUGCUCACCCACUACAUACCUGUGCUGCCACGUCAAAUGCAUGCUAGGCUAGAGGUGAGAGACUCUUCUUUAGCCUUUAAUGGGAAUAUAUUCCAGGACUACAUGAGAUUUGUUGAUCAACGAAGAAUGGGAAUGAAUCGUGGUGCAUCCCAAAGUACCAUUGAAAGAAAUACAUUGCCUCACAAAUAUAAGAAGAUAAUGAAAUGCAACGAAAAUGAAGACAAUUUAGAAAAAUGUACAAUAUGUUUAUGUGAAUUUGAAGAUGAUGAAGAUGUCAGGAGACUUCCUUGCAUGCAUUUGUUCCAUAUAGAAUGUGUUGAUCAGUGGCUGACUACCAACAAGCGCUGCCCCAUUUGUAGAGUUGACAUUGAGGAUCACUUAAAAGAUUUUGGCGUUACUUCGUGAUAUUGCUAUUACUAUUCCAAAUACUAUGGUAUAGUGUUAGGAAAUUUAACUUCAGUGUCAUUGAACUGAUGUUUUAUAUCUUAUUGCACUAAAAAUAUUUCUACUUGAUUGUUUUUCUACAUUUUAUAAGUGUGUAUCAUCUUCCAAAUAACUGUUCAAAUGUAACGAAACACAACGAUGAGCUUAGUGGUAUGAAAAUCUGUAAUAAUACUUGCGCAUAUGGUAUAUUAAAAUAGAACCCCAGGUUUGCAAUGCAAUUUUUUUUUCUUUCUGUAGCAAUUUCUUUGAAAUUGUAAUGGAUUAUUUCUUUUUUUUUUAUGUACAUUCACAGCUUUAUAAAUUGUAUUGCAGUAAAUACACUGCAUGCAAGUGUUGAAACAAAGAAAAUUAUUUUUGGUAGUAUUUAAUAAUUUAUUUUUGAAUUGAGUGAACCUUAUGUUUUGUUUGUUGGUUGUACCAAAGAUGUAUGGAAGUGUCCAUGACUAGUUUUGGGAAACUACUUGUCUGUCAAUUCAUGCAUAGUUUUUUUUUUAAAGAAUUCACUGUAUUAGUUUUGUGGAUUAAUUAUGUUUUAUUCAUUAAAAUUAUGGUGUAAACCAGAAUAGAAAUAAACUUGUAAAUGGCAUUUAUUAAAUUUUCAUGUAUGAUUUUGUAUCAUAAGAUCAAUAUUUCUUGUAUUCUGUUAUUCAGUGUAAUAAUUUACUUUUUACUUGUAAAACAAGAUUAUUAUUUAUAAAAGGGGUUUUCCAUUGGUAAUUAUCUCCAAUCUAGAAGCCAUUACAAGACCAAAUUGCAUGCUUAUAAUGCUUUUAUUUAUCAUUAGCUAGAUUUGCUGUGUUUUUUUUACUGUUCAAUUUUUAAUUGGUUGGUUUAUUGAAUAUUUCUGACUCACAUGUUUUGUAGAAUCGAUUUUAUUUUUGUGAGAUCCGAUUUUUAAAAUGUAUAUUUUUAUAUAUAAGACGACUGUUGUUUUUUUAGAUUGUAUUCAUGUUAAUGUUUUCCUUUUCUUGAUUUUUUUUAAAAAAAAUAAAUUAUGGAAUUCUAGAAGAUUGAGUUUUUUUCCCCCUUUUAAUUCAC